AUGAAGCGCAGCCCUGAAGAGGACCCCUUGGCCUUCCUCGCCCGACGGAAGAAGAGCCGUCCAAAGCCCAACGGCAGCAGCAGCAGCAGAAGCAGCAGCAGCAGCAGUAGCAGCAGCAGCAGUAGCAGCAGCAGCAGCAGCAGCAGCAGCAGAGCAGCAGCAAGGGCCCCCUCGCACCUUAGAAGAGACAGUGUUGCUUCUGCUGCUUCUUCUGCACUUUUUACGGAGCGGCGGCGCCGGCGGCCGAGCGAGGGGGACUCUGCAGACAGCAGCAGCAGCAGCAGCAGCAGCAGCAGCAGCAGCCAAGCAGCAGCAGCAGCAGCAGGACCAGGCGGCCCCAGCACCCCCAGCAGCAGCCAGUCCUCCUUCCCCUCUUGGUCCCAAAACCUGGGGGGCCCCUCCCAGGGGCCCCCCGGGUCUCAGGGGGCCCCCGGGGACUCGGGGGGCCCCCCUCAGGGGCCCCCCGACUCUGCUGCAGCAGCAGCUUUUUCUGCUGCAGCAGCAGCUUUUUCAUUUCCUUUUGGGGCCUCUGUUGUGCUGCCUCCAAUUCCCCCCAGAGACAAUUCCCGCUGUUUGCUGCUCGCCGUGCAGCUGCCUGCCCGUAGCGUGGCGCAGUCGAGGACGCUGCCGGGGCUGCAAGGCGCUCUUUAUGAAGCCUUUGGGGAGCGGCUGCGGCAGCUGCUGCUGCUGCUGUUUGAGGCCCAGCCCGAGGGGGGCCCCCCGGGGGGCCCCCUGGGGCCCCGUUUGGGUUUGGCCCGGAGUGGGGCCCCCCCGCUGCUGGCUGUGCCUGCUGCUUCUGUGCGGAGCGACGCUGCUGCAGUGUUUGCUGCAGCAGAGACGGGGGCUGCGAGGGCUGCUGCUGCUGCUGCAGUUGCUGCUGCUGCUGCUGCUGCCCCUGCAGCAAACCACUCAAGAGUCAUGCAGCUGCAGCAGCAAGACCUCACCGAAGCAGCAAUUGUUGCAAGAGGAGCAGCACGCGCUUUGGUCCACGAGAUGCAGCAGCAGGCCGAGGAACUCGUGGAGAUCUGGCCCCUGAGAAGGUAA